AUGGAGCUAGUGCAUCGAGUUGUCGUGUGGAGCUCUGUCGUCGUGUCGAUCCGGUGCGGCCUUAACACGCCGGAGGAACUGCGGGUGGGGAGGCAAGCCAUCGAAAGCUGGCGCUCCACGAAGAAAGACGCCGCUCGGCCUGGUGACAGGCUGUUCGGCGGAUUCGCGCCCCACAUCGGCACCUACCCCUUUGCCGUCUUCAUCAUAGGCAUGGAGCCCGGCAGGACCUGGGAAUGCUCGGGCAGUGUAUUGGCGCCCCAGUGGAUCCUAACCGCGGCGCACUGCAUGGGCAUCACGCAAUACUGGUACCCAUCGGACUGGAAGAAAACCUGCACAGUAGUGGGAUUUGGCUUGCGUGGCAGGGACCUCCAUCCACCAGUUGGCAUCCAGAGAGCAGGCAGCUUCCUGAUGGAGCCUGGGUGGAAGUGUGGCGUCCGCGGCAUCAGGGAUAAUGGCCUCUGCACCCACGACGUGAAGACCAAGUCCGCCUGUACUGGCGACUCCGGCGGCCCGGUCUUCUGCGAAGGACAGUUCAUCCAGUUCGGACUCGUCGUGGGCGCCCUCUACGAGAACUGCACGCAUUGGUACUGCGGCGCGCCGGCUGUAUGGAACAUCUACAUGUUCGUCGGCUUCUACCGCGACUGGAUCGACUAUACGAUGCACAGGUACUCCGAGGCUCGGUCGGCCAGCCACCGGCGACGAGCCAGCUCGCUGCCAACUCUGCUGGCCGGCUUCCUGAUGGCGCAGCUCAACCCUCCAAUAAACACUCAUACGCCUCUCUGA